AAGAGUCCAACUCGGAGCUGAUUUUCUGAUCCGGACAGAAAAUGGAGGCUCAGUUCGUCACAUUCUGCUUCGUUCUUCUGCUCUGAAGGAUCAGAACCGAACUUUUAACCGGAUUUAACCUCCGAACUGAGUUCUUCUGCCACAUGAGUUUGUUCUGAGAGCUGUUACUGCUGAAGCCAGAGGAGCCAGUCAGAGCUGAAUUCAACCAAACUGACUGAGAAACAAAGAAGCUCACGUCAGCAGCGUCAUGGUUUUUCUCGGCGGUUUCCUCGUGAGCGGCUGCAUCUCCUGGAAUAAGCUGGAACCCGAGCCUUGAGCGGCACCAUGGAGCAGCUGUAGGUUCUGUCCACCUCCACUACCCACAGACAGACCAACGAGGUUCUGAUCCUGCUGCUGGAGGCUCCAAUUUGUUUGGCUCCCACACUUUACGGAUCUGUUGGUUCCAGUCGGUGCUUCCUGUUGGUGCCGGUUCCGACGCUGAGGCCAUGAGGCCCAAGACUUUCCCGGCUGCCCCGUACGUGGGCAACACCCGGCAGCGGCUGCAGGAGAUCAAGGAGGGCCUGAAGCAGCCGGCCAAGCUGGUGAGCCAGGCGCUGCACGGGUCGCGGGCCGAUGGCGGCCGAGCAGCCGACUGUAAGGGCGGCAAAGACCCGAGCAGCCGGCAACAGCAGCUCCGGCCGCCACAGAAGUUCAACAACUACCAGAACGCCCUGCGGGAGAUCCGCAAGUCCCUGAUGCCCUUCGCCAACGAGUCGGGUCCGUCCUCCGGGUCAGGACACCCAGCUGGAGCCGGAGAGGUGAACCGGCAGAUGCUGCAGGAUCUGGUGAACGCCGGCUGCGACCAGGAGAUGGCGGUUCGAGCUCUGAAGCAGACAGGAAGCAGAAACAUCGAAGCAGCUUUAGAGUACAUCAGUAAAAUGGGCUACCUGGAUCCUCGCAAUGAGCUCAUCGUCCGUGUCAUCAAGCAGACCUCACCAGGUAAAGCUGGUUUACCAAACUCUUUGGACCACCGACCCCCCUUGGAGGCUUCAGGUGAGGCGGCUGCUAUGGCUCCAUACCACCAGAUGGGGGCGCCCCUGUACGACGGGGCAGCAGGGUAUGUUGCUGAGGGGGAGAUGUCCAGAACCUACCUGAGCGCUCCGCCCGUGAUGAACUACAUGAUGCCUCCGUCUGGAGCAGGUCAGGGUCCAGCGAUGGGAAACCCAAUGGGUCGCCCCCCCAGUAUGGGCUCCUACCCCCCAGUGAUGCCCCAGAGCAGCCCGGCCGGCACCAUGUUCCCCCCGGGGGCCCAGCCCAAGGCCUACCCUGGCACCAUGGAGCAGCAUGGUCCCAUGAUGAGCUACAACGUACCGGGUCUGCCUCUACAGCUCCAGCCGCAGCCACCAGGUGGCGCCGGGACGCACUACGACUACGGCCACGGCCGGCCCCACCUGAUGGAGCCGGCGGGCUACGGAGUGAAGAGGACCCCCUCCUUCCAGAAUAAGAUGGCGGCACCCCCCAUGGCGCCCCCAGACAACUAUGUCAGCAUGCAGGGUAAAGCCGGUCUGGGUCAGAACGGGCCGGGACCAGGGGGAGGGUACCCUGCUAACUUGUACCUGCCCCCCCACUCCCACCCCCGACAGGCUAGCCCCACCUCCCACCAGGUCCACCUGAUGUCCCGAUCCCCCGGCGGGGUGGCGGCCAUCGGACCAGACUUCUCGGACCUGCCUCAGGGCUUGAUGACACCUUCCAGAGCCAGCCUGAACUUGGACCUGUACGAGCACCACUGGGCUGGACCUCCAGGCCCAGAAGGAGCCCCUCCGGCCCGGCAGCCUCAGCCCCAGGGUCCCUUCAGGGGGGAGGUACGGGUCCCUAGCAGAACCAACUCCUUCAACAGUCGGUCUGCGGGUCCAAACGGUGUCCGGCCUGCGAUGGCGGCGCCACCUGCAGCUGGGAAGCAGGAUCCAGCGCUGGGCCCCCCAAACACCAUCACCGCCGUCACGUCCCCACCGAUCCAGCAGCCGGUGAAGAGCAUCCGAGUGAUGAGACCGGAACCAAAGACCGCGGUGGGCCCAUGCCACCCAGGCUGGAUGGCUCAGGAAGCAGCAGAACCUCUGGGCUUCAUGCCGGAGGAGACCUUCUCCCUGGAGCCGGCUCAGGAGCCCCGCUGCCCUCCUCCUCCAUACCCCAAAAACCUGCUCCUGUCCGGGGCCACCGCUGAGCCGGGAGCCCUGGAGGGAGCCAUGUGUGGAGCUCCGGACCUGAGCGGCUCCGCGGCCAGAAGCUCACCCGGAGGCAGCGGGAAGAACGAGGAGAACCAGCAGGUGAAGGAGAAGACGAAGCUGGGAAAGGGAGAGAAACCGGUGAAGGACAAGAAGCAGAUCCAGACGUCUCCGGUUCCCGUGAGGAAGAACGGACGAGACGAAGAAAAGAGGGAGUCUCGGAUCAAGACCUACUCGCCGUUCGCCUUCAAGUUCUACAUGGAGCAGCACAUCGAGAACGUGAUGAAGACCUACCAGCAGAAACUGAACCGCAGGCUGCAGCUCGAACAGGAGAUGUCCAAGGCCGGCCUGUCGGAGGCUGAGCAGGAGCAGAUGAGGAAGAUGUUGAACCAGAAGGAGUCGAACUACAACCGACUCCGACGAGCCAAAAUGGACAAAUCGAUGUUCGUGAAGAUCAAGACGCUCGGCAUCGGUGCUUUCGGAGAAGUUUGUCUGACGCGUAAAGUCGACACUGGAGCGCUGUACGCCAUGAAAACGCUGCGAAAGAAGGACGUCCUGAACCGCAACCAGGUGGCCCAUGUGAAGGCAGAGCGUGACAUCCUGGCGGAGGCCGACAACGAGUGGGUGGUCCGUCUGUACUACUCGUUCCAGGACCGCGACAGCCUCUACUUCGUCAUGGACUACAUCCCUGGAGGGGACAUGAUGAGCCUGCUCAUCCGGAUGGGCGUCUUCCCAGAACCUCUGGCCCGGUUCUACGUGGCCGAGCUGACGCUGGCCAUCGAGAGCGUCCACAAGAUGGGCUUCAUCCACCGCGACAUCAAACCCGACAACAUCCUCAUCGACCUGGACGGACACAUCAAGCUGACCGACUUCGGUCUGUGCACCGGCUUCCGCUGGACCCACAACUCCAAGUACUACCAGAAAGGCAGCCACGUCCGACAGGACAGCAUGGAGCCCAGUGACUUCUGGGACGAUGUCUCUAACUGUCGCUGUGGCGACCGGCUGAUGACUCUGGAGCAGCGAGCCAAUCGGCAGCACCAGCGCUGCCUGGCCCACUCUCUGGUGGGGACCCCGAACUACAUCGCCCCGGAGGUGCUGCUGCGCAAAGGUUACACUCAGCUGUGCGAUUGGUGGAGCGUCGGCGUGAUUCUGUUCGAGAUGCUGGUCGGCCAGCCUCCCUUCCUCGCUCCGACUCCCACCGAGACCCAGAUUAAGGUGAUAAACUGGGAGAGCACCCUGCAGGUACCUGCCCAGGUGAAGCUGAGCCCAGAAGCCGUCGACAUCAUCGGCCGGCUCUGCUGCUCCGCCGAGGACCGUCUGGGAUCCAACGGCGCCGGAGAGAUCAAGGCCCAUCCCUUCUUCUCCCAGACCGACUUCUCCAGCAACCUGCGGCAGCAGCCAGCACCGUACCGGCCCAAGAUCGCCCACCCGAUGGACACGUCCAACUUCGACCCAGUGGAGGAGGAGGGCGGCGCCGGCUGGAGUGACAGCGGCGACGGUAGCCGGGCCCUGGACGCACUCUGCUCACCGCACGGGAAGCAUCCGGAACACGCCUUCUACGAGUUCACCUUCAGACGCUUCUUCGACGACAACGGCUGCCCCUUCAGAUACCCCAAACCCCCCGAGUCCUGCGACGGGCCGCCGGCCGACACCGGGACUGCCGGAGCGGACCCCGAGGAGGAAGAGGAGGAGGAGGAUGAGGAGGAGGAGGAGGCAGAGCAGGGCGAAGGAUGUGAGCCGGUUUAUGUUUAGAUCAGCUGCAGACGGACGAACGGCACCACCCGGUGGACGCUCAGAUCCUCCCGACCGGGACCAAGAACAUUCUGAGCAGGUUUUGUUCUGACGGACUUUAGUCUCCUGGUCCACCUGACCCGGACCCAGGUUCUGCUCGUCUUCACAGCUGCUGCAAAAUAAGCUACAAACACAUGAACUCAGUUUAUUGGCCACCAACAGGGUUAAAGGGUUCCAGACUUCCUGGACUUCAGCGUCCAGACGGACGUCUUCAGAAACAGACAAAGACGUUCUUCCAGGUUCUUCAGACAGAGUUUGUCCACGUUGCAGCGAUCAGGUUCACAGUUUGUGUUUCAUUUCAGAGAAAAAUCAAAUGAACCAGAGUUUAAGUUCUGGUCCGGCGUCAGCAGCUGAUGUUUCAGUGUUCUUCUGUGUUUGGUUGCUGAUAUUCUGACGGUUUCUGCUGCAGCUUUUAUCUCGUCAGCACCAGAACCUUCGCUGUGGUUCUGGUAAAUAAGCAACAGUCGGAUCGGAUUAGAGAAUCAGAGGCGACUUCUUGUUUACCGUCGGCAGGUUUUCACGUCAACUUCUGGUUUCUGCUGAAAAAAAAAAACAACAGAUGCAAGAAAUCAGAACCGGAUCUGAAGUCUGAUUAAAUUCACUCUAAAGAUGCAGAAUAAUUCUCAGCCAAACAUGUGACAGUUCGACGAUGUGCAAUAAAAUAAAUACAUUUAUAUAGUUUUCUAAACACUUAAUCGCCGUUUAGUCCUGAAAUGUACAAAUAUAUCAGCUUCUGUGUUUUUCUCCUCCAGCUGCUUCUGAACCUGGUUCAUUUAUAAACUUCAUUAUUAUCACGUCCGGUUUGAUUUGGUUCCGACAUCAAGAGGCUUCAGUGAGUGAUGAAGAUGAGGAUGAUGAUGAUGAUGACGACAAAGUGUCCUCAGAACCUUCCUCCUCCUGCGGUCGGGCUGGUUCUGCUGCAGGAGGAUCUGGAGGUUCUGGUUCAGAGAGUUGAGGAGCAGAAAGGAUCAAAGCGAAGUGAAGCAGGUUCGGCUUCGGGAAGAGAAACCGACUGAAAAGCUUUUUCUGUUUUACAGCCUUCAGCAAAGACUUUGUGUUUGUUUGGUACAUUUUCUUGUGUUUAUCCAAAGUGUUCUGACUCGGUUCUGCAGCUCUGGGACGCGUUGAUCCAGAACAGAGUUUCUUCUCGACAAUCAUUGGACGGCGAAGUUGUGUUCAGCAGUAUUCUGAGUUCCUCUGACGGACCCAGACGUCAGAACUCCAGCCAGUUCUGAUGGAAACCGUCGGAGAUCCGUUUGUUCUGGUGUUUCUCUGAAUGGGCCUUUUCUGACCCGAGCAGCACAAUCAGAGCUUCACUCCUAUUUUGUGUGUUUUUCACAGACGUCUGUUACCGUGAGCGUCACUCUGACUGUGUUCACAUUCAGUUCUGGUUCUGGUUCUGGUUCUGGUUCUGGUUAUUAAUAAAGCAGAACAAUAAACUGGGGAUCUGGAGGUUCCUGUUAGUCUCCGUGUUGUUCUGGUUCUGUGAUGUUUCAGGAAAAGGAAACGGGGUUCUUCUGUUCUCAGGUUCUGUUUAAACGAUGAAGCUGCUCGUUUUUUUUUUUUAGACUGACGUCGGUUUUUCAGAUUAAAAGUUUCAGAAACGGACAGAAUCUGUUUAUCUGAUGAUGGCUGAACUGGACCGAAACCAGUUUCCUUGGUGUGAACACAGUCGGAGGUGACGUCUGAGGCGUCGUGUUGCUUCGUCUCGUCGGUGGUUCUGGUCCAGAUGUUUAACAGACGUCGUCAUUCUCACAGGACGAAACGUGAAACUAGCUUUAAACUGACAGUUUGAGAGGUUUCCUGGAGGUUUCCUGGAGGUUUCCUGGAGGUUUCCAGACUGGUGACUGACAAUCCGACUGUGUUUUGUGAUUCCUGUAUAUUCUCUGUAUUUUGUAUUUUUACUGACGAGUCUCCUUCGUGUCUGUUACUGAAUUUAUAUUUAUACAGAUCCACAUAUUUUUUUGUAUCUUUCUCCUUUUUUUCCAGUUUCUCCUUUUUGUGCUAAUGUUAAGAACUUCACAGUAUUACGGAUGUAAUUCGGACAGUUUUCUCUUUUUUUACUUCCAUGUAUGAACUGAGAAUUUGUAAAAAAUACUUUGACUGUCCUUGUGUGUAAAAUGUCUGUAUAAAUUAAAUUAACCAGCUCCGAC